AUGGCCAAGUCAAAAAAAACCGUGAGUUUGUAUUUGAUGUGAGGGGGUUUUUCAUGUUUUAUUUUUCUAGAAAAAAAAGUUGGCUUUUUUUGCAAAAAAGAAUUCACAACGAAGUUUGGAAAAUGUACCAAUAAAUGAUGAAAGACAAGAUGAAACUGUGGAUCAUGAAACUUCAGAAUCUGAAGGAGAGAAGGAAGAAACAGCAGCAUUAGCAAUAGCGGAAGAAGAAGAAGAAGAGGCAGAAAAAUCAGAAGAAUCAGACGAAUCCGAAGAAUUUUUUGAACAAAACACGCCAACAUCUCGUAAAAGAAUUUCUCAGAAGUUAGUUUAGUUUGGGCUUUUGUGGAUUUUGAGGCAUUGCUAAUAUUAACUGACACGUUCAGGAAAAUGCCAUUUUGUGGUUAUUUUUUAAAACUAUUCAUCAAGUUAGAUGAAAGUUAAGAAACAUUGUAUUUUUAAGCUCAGAUUCAUAAAAAAUGAGAAUCGUAGUUUUUGACUGAUUUUCAGAGAUUCCCCACAAGGUUCAAAAUUAGGCGAGUUAAAGUCAGAUGCUUCGUGGGUGGUUUCGACCAACCGGACAUGACUGCCCUAACAGAAUUUUACGACAAAGUUUUUCUGAUUUGUUGUUCUUCUAGAAGACUGAAAUUAAGGUUUACGUUGUUUCGAAAUCUCUUUUCGAAUUUUUUUCAUGGAACAAUUUCUAAUAAAAACCCUUCCGAAGCCGAAAAUUAAUAUAACUUUCUCUGAGCCCUACCACUAAGCUCUAAAGUUGAACACUUGUUUUUGUUGUUGCCAUUUUCAAUUGUGUGAUUUCACCAAUUACAGAACUCUUCGCCAAAAUGAUGAAGCAAUGCUCACUCCCAAAUCUCGUUUCCACAAAAACAAAACAGAAGCAAAACAGGGAACACCAUCUUUCAUAAAUAAAUUGUCGGAUAGAAGUUCUGCAAAAAGAAGGUUUGGUUUAAAUUAGUUAUUUAAAAAAUUACGUUAUUUUAGAAGUUGGCCAAUAAGAAAUCGAGACCAAGCUGUAGAUGAUGGAACAGAAAACAUUGAUGAAAAUUUGGAAGACUUGUUCAAAAUUUUGGAAAAGUAUUUCAAAAAAGAAAUUAAACUUUUGAAAAAACAUAUUAGUUCAAAAAUUAAGCGACCUUUUGAUAUAAGUGAUGAACAACAUAUGGUUCGCCAAUAUGGAAGAAUGAAGUUCCAUGUUUUUAAUAAACAUAGUGAUGACCAAGAGUCACAAGACUUUUACCCGAUUGAUGCUCUUUUCCCCCGAAUUUAUUAUGAAUUUAUGAAUGAUCAAGGUAAAAGCUUUUCUAAAAUAAAAUUAGGAAUUUAUUGAAAUUAUUGAUAACUUUAAGAUAAAUUGGAACAUAUCCAAAACAAUAUGAAAAUUCACGAAAGUCAAAUUCAAGAAAAUAGGCAUCAUUUUGAGUUAGAUGAUUCUGAGGUAAGCUUUUAAGAAACACUCAUUUUACAACGCAAUUCUUCUAGAUCUAUGACCAAUAUGUUGAAUAUGAGAAUGUUGAUGAUGUUCAGUUUAAAGAACAAGAAUUAUCAAAUGAAAUCAGAUUAGAAGUUACUGAAUGUAUGGAUGAUAUUAUUGAAUCACCUAUGAAGUCAACUGAAGAGUAUCAAAAUGAUUAUAUAAGAUCUGUCACCAAGAUUAGAAAAUGUGAUGAACAUUGUGAGAAAAUUCCAGAACAGUUAGUUAUUACAUUAAAUAUUAAUAAAAAUUCAUCAUUUUCAGAACAUUGAAAGAUGUAGACAAACAUAUUCGUUUAUUUUUGGAAAAAGAUUUUGAAUCAAUUGAAGAACAACGAGAUCAUUUUCAUAAUAUUUUCAAAGUUGAAAAAUAUGAUUGCGAUGUCACACACCUAACAAUGUUUGAAAUAUUUUUCAAAUACAGUAUUUGUUAUCAAGGAUUCAGAACUUUGAUAAAACGAUGCAAUCGACUUCAUUCACUGUUGAAAAAAAUGACACAAACAGCUCUGGCACAAAAAUCGAACGACAUCGAGAAAAAACAUGAAGUGCUUCAAACUGAUGAUCUUCCUUAUGAUGUGAAAUUCGAAUUUUUGAACAUAACCGUUUGUGCACGUGAUGAUACCAAGUUAUCCGAAGACUAUGUUCGUAGAAAAUACAGGAAUCAUAUUUUGGAGUUUAAUAAUGAGAUUAAACAAAUGGAUAGUGUUUAUUGUAAAAUUUGUAGACAAUUUCGGUUGAAGUCUUUGUUGAUCAAAAAAUCUGGGAAAAUAAUUAAAGAUUUUGUCGACUUCAUAGCCGAUGAAAAGAAAACUUAUCAAAUUUGUCGCAUCUGCUCAAAAUCACUCUCCAAGAAAACUGCCCAUGAAAAAUUACCAUCUAUGGCCAUUAAAAACGGAUUGGAAGUUGAUGAAACUCCGGAAGUUCUGAAAAAAUUGAACAUUAUUGAACGAUGCCUUAUUCAAAAAUCGAGAUUUGUUGCAAAUAUCUUUCGAUUGAAUGAUGCAUCAAAUCGAAACAUUAGCGUUCCCGCUACCCAAGGAUGUUCAGCAAUUAUUCCUGUGGUUUUAGAAAAUGUAGACGAAGAAAAAUUUAUCAAAUUACCUGAUGCUUCAAACAUGAUUAUCAACAUUGAUGAUCUUCACGAGAAAACACAUAUUGUGUCAAUGAAACGAAUUGUUGAUGCUUUGAAAUGGUUGCAAAAAAAUAAUCCAGAAUAUUUUGAUAUCACGAUAGAUUCGAAAUUUGGAUUUGAAUUGAACAAACAUGUGUUCAGUAACAAUCAGGAUUUGACAGAACAAGAUGUUCAAAAUUUGGUUAAUUAUAAUUUGAAUUCAGAUAGUAAUACAAUGUUACCUGAUAAUUUUCACAUAGAAACAUUACAAUCCAAUGUGACACAAUCGAUUGAUAAAAAUUUAAUGUGGAAUCAAUAUGUGCAAAAGGUAUACCAGAAAAUUGAUUGCAUCAGAGAAAAAUUAUGAUAUUUUUACAGAACAAGAAAAGGCCUUCAAUACUACUGGACAUUGAGAAUAUUGACAUCAAGAUUUUUCCAUAUUUAUAUCCAUAUGGAAAAAAUGGUUUCAAUCAUCAAAGAAAAGUGUAUUUGAAAAAUACGGCAAUUUGUCGUGCAAAACUUCUAAGUGAAAAUAGGAUGUUUGCUAACAACUCAGAGUGGAUCACUUUUUCUUAUACACUUGCAUUACAAAAGGUACUGUUGAGAGCGGAUGUAAGAUUAGAAAUCGAACAUAGUUCAAAAAAUGAAACCUAUCGGUUUUUGGUUUGAAGGCGUUUAGAGAAAAUAAAGGGUUCUACAUUAGAUUACAGAAAAAACCUUGAGAUCUUUCUUUAUCUGAAAACCACUUCAUGUUCUGAAAAAUUAUUUUUUUUCCUUCUGAAAUUCUCUAUUCUUUUCAGAAUCUUAAGGCAAGAUUCCAAUUUUAAGGCGUUAUCACAGUAACUUUCUAAUAUUUGAGAAAAACCAACAUUAAAUGAAAGUAGAAUUACCGUUGAUUUUCUUCACUCCAAAAACUCAAUCAUAAGAAAGCGACGUUGAGUUUUUUGUUUUUUUUGCCUGUUGAGGAUUACUGUAGGAGUUCCGAACUAACAAGGGAAGUGCAUAGGGUUAGGUGUUGAACUUUUGAUGAAACGUUCAAAAUAAACCAAAUCGACCAUGCUGAUCACGAAUCCGAAGUCAAAAAUUGCCACAAAUGCCUGUGAGCACUUUUCUGGAGCUCCAAAGUUGAAAUUGAGUUUUGGUUUUCGUCAAUUUUCACCAUGUUCCUGGGUGGAAAAUCAAUUUCUAUAACAUGAAUAAGGUUGUUCUUCACAUUCGAAAACCUAUCCGCUUUUCAGUUCUUCGAAAAAUAUGAAAAACCAGCUGAAAACUGUAAUUUUCGAAAAUGCACGAAAAACUUUGAAAAACGUGUGUAUUUACGUUUGAUUGUGUGUAUUUUCAGGAUAUUCUUAAAAGUUGCAGUUUUCAGCUGGUUUUUCAUAUUUUUCGAAGAACUGAAAAGCGGAUAUGUUUUUGAAUGUGGUGAGCAACCUUAUUCAUGUUAUAAAAAUCUAUUUUCCACCCAGAAACAAGGUGAAAAUGGGCAAAAACCAAAACUCAAUUCUAACUUUGGAGCUCCAGAAAAGUGCUCACAGGCAUUUGUGGCAAUUUUUGACUUCGGAAUCGUAAUCAGCAUGUUCGAUUUGGUUUAUUUUGAACGUUUCAUCAAAAGUUCAACACCUAACCCUAUGCACUUCCCUUGUAAAGUGUUUUUCCAAAAUUUUAGAUACAAUUCGAAAAUGUCAAGAUUAUAGAAAAGUCCAGAAGUAAAAUUGUUUAAGUUACUGAAAUUUUAUCAUUCAAUUUCAAUCUAAAUUUCUCAGGGUUACUGUGAAUUCCUAGAACUCUUGUCUGAGGUUUUAUUUUUCAAAAAUCUUGAGAAUAAAAAAAUAACUUCAGUAUUACUGUAGAUACACACAAGUUUCUAGUUUUUCAAAAAACAUGUUGUUGGAAGAUUAAUAAUUCCAACUUUCAAGAUAAAUUAUUUUUUGAUCUUACUACUAUUUUGAUUUGCCAUUGAAACAAAAAUGAAUUUUUAUAGUGUUUAACAACACGAAUGGGAAUUCAAGCUAGAUGUUCUUCAAAAAUUACUGGAAGUGAAGCAAUUUCUGCGGCAAACGAAGGUGAACAUUUUUUCAUUUAAACAAUUUCAAAUAACACAUUUCAGAUAUUGAUUUCCAGUCAUCGAUGACAGGAGUUCUUUCAAAAAUUAAAGGAACAGACGAUUUCUGGAAUCAGCGGAAAUUUAUGUUGAGAGCUCAUUGUUAUUCUUUUGGUCCACCUACAAUAUUUUUGACAUUGAAUCCAAACUUGACCACAUGGUUUGAUUUGUUUGAAUUAUAUUCGGACAUUUAUAAAUGUGUUGUGGAUUCUAAUAACAUACGGUAAACCUUUUAUUUGAAUCACGAAUCAGUUAAAAUCUUACAGAGAAUUCAUAUCAUUGGAUCCGGUAAUUUUUUCGAGAUACUUCAAGAAAAGAGUUGAUUCAUUUUUCAAAUCUGUUAUUCUGAAAAAUGACGGACCGUUUGGAAAAGUUAUACAUUAUUAUAAACGUAUAGAAUAUCAGGCUCGAGGAACACAACAUUGUCAUUGUUUGUUAUGGCUAGAAAACAGGUAAAUUUUAACCAAAUUAAUAAAACAAAUCAAAUUUUUGGAGACCUUCAAAAGAGAGCACAGAUGAAUAUAAAACUGAGUUUGUGAAUUCGAUUAUGUGUGCAAGAGAACCGGAUGAAAAAAAAGAGAAGAAGUUGUAUGAAAUCAUAAAACAACAUCAAAAACAUUCUGCUCAUACAAAAUAUUGCAGUCGGAUCGUCAAACAUAAUUCGAGAAGCAUUUUCAGAUGUCAUUUCAACUUUCCGCAACCGCGUAUGUUUUUUUUUGAUCUUCGAAUCGCCUAAUAUUUAAUUUUUAUAGAACUUGCCUUCACAAUGUUCAAAAAACAUCAAGUAUCUCAUUUUGUUCCUGGAAUGUCAAGAAAAUCUUAUAUGCUCGCUAGAAAAAAAAACGAAAACGUAAGAAAAUUUUAUUUUGAAAUAAGACAACUUAAAUUCUAAAAUAUGAGUUGAGGAUAUCAAUGAUUACAACCCGAUUUUAUCGUUAAUUUGGAAUGGAAACAUUGAUGUACAAUAUUUGGAUAAAUUAUCAAUCAAUGUAAUCGAAUAUGUAACCAGCGAUUUUUUCAAGGUCAGUUUUACAAAUAAAUAACUAAAAAGUAGUAGUUGCAGUUUGAACAACCCUUUUCGGGGGAUGUUUUGACAACAAAAGAAGAAGUUAAUCAAAAAAUGAUGGAAGUGUUCCGGAAAUAUCUUAAUAGUCGACCAGUUGGAACUUUGGAAAUGGUUGAUGUUCUUCUUUCGCAUCCUGUAUAUAAAUUUGAUUGUAGUCACAUAUUUAUUAAUACGGUAAGUUGAAUGAAUUGAUUGAAAAAUAUUUAUUCUGGUUUAAUUUUUAAGGAUAAGACAAGAACUCGUAUUUUGAAACCAUUGAAAAAUCUUCGAAGUGAUGAACUUGCCACAAUGUCAAAUAUGGUUGAUGAUUAUUAUCCAAACCGUCCGAAAACUUUAAAAAACUUCAGUUACAUCAAUAUUUGCAUGAAUUUUGAUGUUGUCGAUAAAUCUAGAGUUGGUAUGUUAUUUAUGCAGAUAUGUAUAGAACUACAGUAUGUUGUUUAUGAAUCAGAAAAUUUUGAAAAUCUGGACCAAAAAAUUGAAAUUUCUUAUAAUGUUUUGAAACUAGAAAAAAUUGAUUUCUGAUCAUCGGUUCAGAAAACUUCAAAAAUCAAGAUGAUUUCAUAUGAAUUAGAGCAUAUAGUCAGAAUUGACAUGAAAAACAAUGACCGUUGAAAGAUGUUCACACAAUUUUCAGGAUUUUGGCGCCGAAAAUGAAAAAAAACUGAAAUUGAAUUGAAAAAACCUUUUUCUAGGAAAUUUAAUGAGAAGAAAGCAUGUUUCGAGAUAUUUUGAUGAUACGAAUAAAAAUAUGGAAAAUGAUGAGCAAACUGAUGGUGAAGAUGAGAUCGAUGAUAUUGUUGAGCAUUUUUCGGAUGAUGAAAGUUCAGAUAAUGAAGAAAAAGAGGAAGAGGGAGUGGAAGAAGUUACAAACGAUUAUGAAGUUGUUGAUUCAAACCCAUUCUCAACACACUAUUCGAUACAAUGUGAAAAAAGUAUUUUCUAUUGUCAUCCAUAUAUUAAAAAAGGACAAUGUUUGACUUUUGGAAAUGAGGAUAAAGUAUUCAUAAAAAGAAGAGCAAAAGUAAACAAAGGUUGUACACGUUGAAUUUAAUAAAUAUGUGAUUUCAGGUCCCACGAUUUUUCAUUCCACACCUUAAUGAUUUUGAUCAUGAAAAAGCUGAUGAUUUUUAUCGACGAUGGGUUAUGCUUGUUGUUCCGUGGAAUUCUGAAAAAGACAUUCUGAAAUUGUCUUCAUUCAAUUCUUACCAAGAACUAUUCGAGAACUGGUUGAAUGGUUUGAAAAAUGAUUCUGAAAAAGGAUACAUAGAUAUAAAACAGUAUAUGGAAAAUAUUUAUGGAUUGCAAGAGGAAGAACAAGAUGUUAAGCUUCGGAAUGCAGAAAUUCGAGUGAGUCAACUGAUUUUGCUUGAAAAUUAUGGGAGUAUUAUUUUUUUUUAGAAAACUUCCAAAGAAGCUAAUCUUUUUUAUGAGGAUGAUGAAGAGUUUGAAGUUACAAGUAGAGAUGUUGAUAUCGAUGAACAUAUUGAACGAGUUGGUAAAAUGAAUGAUGAGCAGAGGAAAUUAUUUGAUUUGAUAAUGGAAAAAAUUGAGAAACAAGCAAUGGUUUGACUUAUUUUUGUUUUUCCUAAUUCUAAAUAUUAUUUAGGAUUCAAAUGAACCACAAAUAAAAAUGAUGGUUUCUGGUUAUGGAGGUGUUGGAAAAAGUUUUUUGAUUCAUUCUCUGGCUAAUGAACUGACUUUGAGAACUAAAAAAGACGAAAGAAAACACAAACCCGCUGUUUUGUUAGCUGCACCAACUGGAAGAGCAGCUGCCCAAAUUUCAGGAUCCACCAUCCAUUCUCUACUUAGUAUUGGGAUUGAUAAGGAAAAUAGAAAGAAGCUUCUUCCUUUGAGUGCCGAAAAACGUGAACUUCGUCAUUUUCAGUUUUCCAAUCUCAAAUUAUUAAUUGUAGAUGAAAUAAGUAUGGUUGGCAAUGAAACACUUCUGAAAAUGGAUAGUCGGCUUAGAGAAAUUACUGGAAAUAAUUCUAAUUUUGGUGGAAUCAAUAUUUGUUUCUUUGGUGAUCUCCUCCAACUGCCUCCAGUUAAACAACCAAAAGUAUUCGAAAGUAAGUGCCUCGAAAAGUUUUUUAAAACACAUUUAAAAAAAUGUUUUUCUAAAGAAAGAGGAAGGAAGACCAAAAUAACAUAUUUAUUCAAAAAAGUAUUUUUCAGAUGUAACACGGAGCCAACUGCAAAAAAUAUUUGGAUAUGCAACUAUGGAAACUAAUCUGUGGCAUGGGAUUCAAUAUUUUGAGCUUCAUCAAAAUAUGAGACAAGAAGAUGAUAAAUUUUCUAAUAUAUUGGGUAAGAUCAAAAAAUAUAUUGUUUGAAAUGUGUUUUUCAUUUCAGCUAAUGUUCGUACCCAGCAAAUGACAGAUACAGACAUUCAUGAUUUAGAAAAUCGAUUGGUUGAAGAUAAAGAAGAUUUAGAAGAGUUCUUUCGAAUUCAGAAAGAAGAUCCAAGAGUAAUGGCAUUGUUUCCUCUAAAUGCUGAAUGUGGAUUAUUCAAUAGCAAGGUUUCGUAUAUUUCAAAAUUUUAGUUUUCAAAAUGAAUUUUAGUUCUGAAAUCUGAAAUUUUUAGAUCAUCAAGUUAUUGAAAAACAAUGCGAAACUAGUGAAAAUUGAAUCUCGUGACAUUAAAUGUGAUCAAACACUGGAGAAGUCUAAUCGAAUAUGGCAACGGCGAGGUUAUAUUUUUUGUCUCUUUAACAUUUUCAAUUUUAAUUCAAACUCUUUAUUUUUACAGAAUUCAGCAAAAUUUCUUCCAAUGAACCAACAAUUAAUCGUAUACCAUUGUUAGUAAAUGGUUUACCAAAAACACUGGAACUGUUUCAAUUUUGCCGUGUAAUGUUGCGUAGAAAUAUUGAUAUCGAAAAAGGUUUGGUGAAUGGAAUGUGUGGAGUUGUUGAAGAAUUCAAUCUAACAGACAAUGGUUCUUUGGCAUCUCUAGGAAUAAGGUUGGCUGAAAUAAUUAUUUCAUAGCUUAACUUCAAUUUACAGAUUUGAUCAUAAUCCCACAAGAUUGUUUGCCGUCGAAAGAUCAUCAGUGAGAUAUAAAGUUGCAUCAAACGAAUACCGCGAAAGAUCACAAUUUCCGGUAGUUCCUGCGUAUGGCGUGACAAUACACAAAGCGCAGGGUUUGACUCUUAAUAAUGUUUUUAUAUCAACAAAGUAUGUUCAGUUGAUAUAUGAAAAAACGCACAUAAUUGAUUUUCAGAAAUAUCUUUGCAAAGUGUCAAUUGUAUGUUGCUGUCAGCCGAGUGAAAACAAUGACCGGUCUACAUUUUUUCGAUUUUGAUAAAGAAAAAAUCAUGGUCGACAUACCAUCGCUGGAAGAGGUCAAUCGUUUGAGAUCAACAAUUAAUCUUCCACAAAUUAAGACUCCAAAGAAUGGAAAAAUGCCAAACUCAGGACCUUCAGAAAUAUCUCUGCAGUUGACACCAUCGCCAUACCAUAGAAAACCUUCUAAAAAAUCGUGAGUGUUCAUAAAAUUAUUGAAAUUAUCGAACAACUUUCAGCUUCAAACGAAAAUCGGUGAAUACGCCAGAAACUGGAUCAAAAAGAAGACCUCGAAAUCGAUUGGACAGCGAAUCGUCAGAUUUCGAUUUUGAUCUCACAUUGAGUGACCGUAGAAAUAAAUAA